AUGUCGGCGGAGAACAGGGCCGUCAAUUGCCCAACUUCGUCGACGACGAUGCAGUCGUACGACUACGCAGGAUGGGUGUACAAGCAGGGGAGCAUGAUCAAGAGCUGGAAGAAGCGGUACAUGGUGCUCAAGAACAAGCAGCUCACGUAUUUCGAGAGUGAAAAGGUGGAGGGCAACUCCAAGGCGAAAGGCAGCUUCCAGGUGAUCACAGUUGAGAUUGCGCACGAUAUCAAGAACGGCCUGCUUGUGCACGGCACAGGUGGCCGUGUGAUGAAGCUGUACACAGACACUGCUGAGGGUUGUGAAGAAUGGAUUAACGCCAUCGCACAAGCUACGUCUGGCCAACCUCCUCUUGUCGCCCAAGUCAGCGUUCGAGGUCCGUUGAACGGGUCAGGCAGUUCGAUGAGUUUCCCGCCCCGCGACACGCGCAGCAACAGCUCGGUGUCGUCGUUGCGCAGCAGCAUCGCCGCGGACGAUGACACCGGUGGGUGUUUUGGAUGGCUCGCCAAGGAAGGCGGCCGCGUGAAAAAUUGGAAGCGGCGCUACUUUUCGCUUCAAGGGCGGUCGCUGACAUAUUUCGACAACGCCAACAUGACUGGCGCAGCCAAAGGCAACGGCCAGGUGUGCGGUGUCCGAAUAAACAAAGACAAGCCUCUGUCGAUCGACGUCAACUUUGAGAAGGGCCGCGUGUUACGUGUGACGGCGGACAACAAAGACGACUUUGAAAAGUGGUGGAUGUGUUUGAACGCAGCCGUAGAAGGGCGCAGCGUGUCGCGCGCAAGUCGUUCGUCCAUGUCGGGGAAUGCUGCGGCCGCGGUAGUUAACGUCGCGGCAGCUGCGCCUGCAUCCUCGAACGCGAUCUUCCGGUCGUUGGACUCUUAUGAAAGCCACGAAGACGUCUCGAUCGUCGCCAACAAGUACGCGACGCAAGACUCGUCCGCAGCCGAAGCGUCUCGACUGACGAACAACCAGUCGUGGUUGAGCUCGGACUCGGACGACGACAAGGAAGACGGAGAUUGGCUAUAGGAAGUUACGAUUCAAUGUAUCAGUGGUCGAAAUGUCGUUGGUUCCAGGCACAUGGCGAGGCGCGCGCGGUGUCCAGGCGUCGAAGCGGAGGCUCCGUUGCGUGAUGGAAUUGGCUCGAGUCGCACCAC